GUUGUAUUGUUGACGUUCAGUGGCCGCCGAGGAGAGAGAGACAAGUGUUACCUGUCAAAAGAAAUAACAGCUGUUUGAGGUGGGAAGUGACUGAUUCCAUACCUUGAACCAUGGGGACCCAGGAACAACCAUGUUACACCCUAAUACAAGGGCCAACUGAUACAGAACAGCCCUCAGAAAUGACAUUAAAACAGGACCUAGAAAAUGGUGAUAUCCCUGUCAAGACUGCUGCUCUGAAAAAAGUCAUCCAGCUUAUUUUGAAUGGAGAACGUCUCCCUGGGAUCUUGAUGACUGUAAUACGCUUUGUUAUGCCGUCCGAGGAUCACACCAUCAAGAAGCUACUGUUGGUGUUCUGGGAGAUUGUCCCCAAAACCACACCUGAUGGCAAGCUGCUGCAGGAAAUGAUUCUCGUGUGUGAUGCAUAUAGGAAGGAUCUUUCUCAUCCCAAUGAGUUCAUCAGAGGAUCAACUUUAAGAUUCUUAUGUAAGCUUAAAGAGCCAGAGCUGCUGGAGCCCCUGAUGCCCACUAUUCGCACAUGUCUUGAACACAGACAUUCCUAUGUUCGCAGGAAUGCUGUGCUUGCAAUUUUUACAAUAUACAAGAACUUCGACUUUCUGAUCCCUGAUGCUCCUGAACUCAUUUCUAACUUCUUGGAGGGUGAGCAAGACAUGUCAUGCAAGAGAAAUGCCUUCAUGAUGCUGAUACAUGCUGACCAGGAGCGGGCCCUCACUUACUUGUCAACGUGUAUUGAUCAAGUCAACUCCUUUGGAGAUAUUCUGCAGCUUGUUAUUGUAGAACUUAUAUACAAGGUAUGUCAUGCCAACCCAGGAGAGAGGGCACGCUUCAUCAGGUGCAUCUACAAUCUUCUCAACUCCAAUAGUCCAGCAGUCCGCUAUGAAGCAGCUGGAACUCUGGUGACCCUCUCCUCGGCACCCACAGCCAUCAAGGCUGCAGCUAAUUGCUACAUUGAAUUGAUUGUUAAAGAGAGUGAUAACAAUGUCAAACUUAUUGUCUUGGAUCGCUUGGUAGCACUUAAAGAUUCACCGCAGCAAGAAAAAAUUCUGCAGGAACUAGCCAUGGAUGUUUUGAGGAUUCUUUCUACUCCAGAUUUGGAAGUUCGGAAGAAAACAUUGAAUUUGGCUUUGGAACUAGUAACAAUGCGCUCAGUGAAUGAGAUGGUUGAGGUGCUGAAGAAGGAAGUUGGCAAGACACACAACACUGUUGAACAUGAAGACACUGGCAAGUACCGGCAGCUACUUGUCCGCACCUUGCACACCAUCAGCAUGAAGUUCCCAGAUGUGGCUGCUAAUGUUAUACCUAUCCUGAUGGACUUCCUGUCUGACAAUAAUGAACUGGCUGCAACAGAUGUUCUGGUCUUUGUCAGGGAAGCCAUUCAAAGGUUUGAGGGUCUGCGUCCACAGAUUAUUGAGCGUCUUCUCUCGGCUCUGCCAACCAUUUGUUCUGUUACUGUGCAGUGUCACACAUUGUGGAUCCUGGGAGAGUAUGCCUCAUCUUCAGGAGAGGUUUCGGGUGUGGUGUCUGCUGUGCGGGGGAGCCUUGGAGAACUACCCAUUGUGGAGGAUGAGAUGCGUAAGGCUGCAGGUGAAGCUGGAGAAGAGGAAGGUUCUGGUGAUAAAGCCACUCAACAACAACAACAACAACAGAAAGUCACUGCUGAUGGCACUUAUGCUUCCCAGUCUGCCUUUUCAACAACUACGUCGGUUAGAAAGGCAGAUGACCGACCACCUCUGAGAAAGUAUCUUCUUGAAGGCAACUUCUACCUGGGGGCUGUCAUUGCUAACACCCUUGUCAAGCUGGCUUUCAGGUACACUUCUCUGGAAAGUGAGCUUAGUAAACAGAAUGCCUUCUGUGCUGAAGUGAUGUUGGUGAUCUCCUCCAUUGUCCACUUAGGCAAAUCUGGUUUACCACAAAAAUCUAUGACUGAUGAUGACUAUGAUCGCAUGAUGCUGUGCCUCCAGGUUGUGUCAGAGCGCACCCCUAGUUUGGCUUCAGUGUUUACAAAGCAGUGCCGUGCAGCUCUUUCUCACAUGUUGACGGCAAAGACUGAGGAAGAAGAAGCACUAAGGCGUGAUCGUAAAGCCAGCAAAGUUAUUGAGCAUGUAGAUGACCACAUUGCUUUCUCACACUUGACGAAAGGUGGUGAUCUCUCCUCAACGGAUGAUAUGUUUGAUCUCUCAAUGUCCAUGGCUGUUAGUGGUGGAAAGAAGGAGGGUAUUGAUCUGACCACAAGUAAAUUGAGCAAGGUAACACAGCUCACAGGCUUUAGUGAUCCUGUAUAUGCUGAGGCUUAUGUCCACAUCAAUCAGUAUGACAUAGUCUUGGAUGUGCUGAUUGUCAACCAGACUGCAGACACAUUACAGAACUGCACUUUGGAGUUAGCAACCCUGGGAGACCUUAAGCUGGUAGAGAAGCCUCAGCCUGUAGUACUUGCACCACACGAUUUCUGUAAUAUCAAAGCAAAUGUUAAGGUCGCCUCAACAGAAAAUGGCUUCAUUUUUGGCAACAUAGUGUAUGAUGUGAAAGGCUCAACCAGUGACCGUAAUGUUGUUAUUUUGAAUGACAUUCACGUUGAUAUCAUGGACUACAUUGUUCCGGCUUCCUGCACAGACCUCGAGUUCCGACAGAUGUGGCUUGAUUUUGAAUGGGAGAACAAGGUGUCAGUCAACACCCAGAUGACAGAGCUAAAGGCAUACCUGGACUACCUUUGCAAAUCUACCAAUAUGAAGUGCCUCACCCCAGAGAAGGCCCUUGGUGGUACAGGGGACUAUAUGGCUGCCAAUCUUUAUGCACAUUCAAUCUUUGGGGAAGAUGCCUUAGCCAAUUUGUCUAUCGAGAAACCUCUUGGCAACCCUGAUUCUGCAGUCACAGGCCACAUCCGUAUUCGUGCCAAGAGCCAGGGGAUGGCCAUCAGCUUGGGAGACAGAGUUAACAAGGUGCAAAAAGCAACUAUCAAAUCUGUAGGAGGUUGAGAAACUCUACAGGUCUUCCACAGUUUUAUUUUGUGUUACAGAAUAUAUUUUUUUCACUUCUUGUUUUUGAAUUGAGGGCCUUUGCAAUAUAUUUGCUUUGCUUUAAAUUGGAAUGACAUACGUAAGUCAUCAUUGAUAUAUUUCAUAUAGGUAAAGCCAUUAUGUUUUUUAAUUCAUGUGUUUUUGUUUUCAAGAAAAAUAUAAGAAAGGUUAAGGACAUAUCCUAACUGAUCAUUCUGAGGUCCAUUUACUCUGUUAAUUUGUUUUGUUCAAUGUAUAUAAUCAGGACUUUUUCUGUUAUAACAAUUGUAUUUUAAAGUUAAGUUCAUUGUUUUUAUGAUGGCCAUGGAUUAAUAAUAAAUUACAGCUGACAUUAA